AUGACAAAACUAGCAUAUAGAGACAGAACCAGAACCAGCAAGGUACCUGAGAAAAUGAGUGCAACAGCUCCUAUUGAGGUAGGUGCCCGAGGCACUGUAGGAUCACUUCUCAGGAAGGAGAUUGAGUAUUUCAGGAGACUUGAUUUAGACCCUUGUGGAAGCUCAAUAAGGCCACAGAGACAUAGUGUGGAUAUGGCCUCCACUGGAGGUAAAUCAUGGCCUAGUUUUGGUUUCUUAAUGAGGGUUUGGAGGAAGAGGAAGAGAAGAUGCAGUGGGUACUUGCCACGUGUCUGCUCUGCUGUGGAAGUGGCAGAAAGCUAUUUGCUGAAUGGAGUUUCGGGGUUCAGUUACUGGAACCUUAAAGCUGAUAUGGAGAGUUAUGAGAUUUAG